CGCCAAGGCAAGCGGCAGGUGUCUCGGCUAAGAUGGCGGCCAAAAGUUUUGCUUCCCGCCUUAGAGGCUCCCGGCGCUUUUUGAGCGGCUUCUGGACCGGAGCUGUGGUGGGCGCCGCGGGAGCUGGGCUCACGGCCAUGCAGUUCCUCCGCAGUCAGAGCUCCGAGGCAGCGUUGGCAGUGCGCGAGCCGGACGGUUCUGCGGAAAAGGCUGUCUUGGAGCAAUUUGGUUUCCCUUUAACUGGAACAGAAACUAGAUGUUACACUAAUCAUGCUUUGUCUUAUGAUCAGUCAAAGCGGGUACCUAGAUGGGUCCUUGAACAUAUAUCCAGAAGCAAGAUAAUUGGAAAUGCAGACAGAAAACAUUGUAAAUUCAAGCCAGAUCCCAACAUCCCUUCACCAUUCAGUGCUGUCAACGAGGACUAUAUUGGAAGUGGGUGGUCAAGAGGACACAUGGCUCCAGCAGGAAAUAACAAAUUUUCAUCUAAAGCCAUGGCCGAAACCUUUUACCUUUCUAAUAUUGUGCCUCAGAAUUAUGAUAAUAAUGCUGGCUAUUGGAACAGAAUAGAAAUGUACUGUCGAGAACUGACAGAGAGGUUUGAAGAUGUUUGGGUGGUAUCUGGACCCUUGACCUUACCUCAGACUGGAAGUGAUGGGAAAAAAACAGUUAGCUACCAGGUGAUCGGGGAGGACAAUGUGGCGGUCCCCUCACACCUCUAUAAGGUGAUCUUGGCUCGCAGAAGCCCAGAGUCUACUGAACCGCUGGCUCUAGGGGCUUUCGUGGUGCCCAACGAAGCUAUUGGCUUCCAACCCCAGUUAAGUGAAUUCCAAGUGAGCCUUCAGGACCUGGAGAAGUUGUCAGGACUGGUGUUUUUUCCUAAUUUGGAUAGAAGUAGUGGGAUCAGGAAUAUCUGCUCUGUGGAUACCUGUAAGCUUCUGGAUUUCCGGGAGUUCACUCUGUACCUGAGCACGAGAAAAAUUGAAGGAGCACGAUCUGUACUCAGGCUGGAAAAGGUCAUGGAAAAUUUGAAGAGUGCAGGCAUUGAACCCGAUGAUUACUUCAUGACUCGCUAUGAGAAGAAACUGGAAGAACUCAAGGCAAAGGAGCAGUCAGGAACCCUGGAGAGGAAGCUGCCCUAGUGUCCAUCACAGAGGGUGUGAGAUGCCCCUGCGGUGAACACAGCCCCUCUGAUGUGCUUUAGCUGCUUUGCCUAAAGGUGAUGGAACGCUACAUUUAAGACUAAAUUUCUCCCUCAAAGAUGAAAGGUCUAAAGUUUUGGGUUCGGUAUUUUACUUAAUGUGGGAACUAAUUAUUAAGGGGACUUCGCGUGCGGAUCUUGUGCGGCAUUGGCGGGAAUACUGUGUCCAUGCGAUGGCACGGUCUGCACCUGGGGGUGUGUGGCGUCUUAUUUGUAUGCUUCCAGAUGGUAGUCUCUGACGACUGCUCAUCCUUUUUGGUGCCCAACUGUGUAUUUUUCCUAGGGACCUGAGUCGAUCUUAAAGCUGGCUUGUGGAAAUCCUGUGUGCAUGGUCCUGGCCACAUGUAUUCUGCAUUUGUCUUGUUCCUUCUCUCGUGGACCCGCUGUUCCUUGCUUCUGUGGCGUGGAAGCGGCCAGCACUGCGUUUGCUGCUCACUCGGUGUGUUCUGUAUUCUGACUCGGUGCUGUACAUGAAUUGUCUUAAAAAGACCGUCUUUUCAAAAAGCAAAAAUACCAAAUGGUUUCACUCAUAGCAGGAGUAUAACGGACCAGGUUCUCAGGCCUCUGAGAACUUCACAGUACUGUGCAAGGGCCACGCCAGAUGAGCUGCUCUUUGACAUGGCUCCUGUGUGACUUGGGGGUGCUGGUUAUGGACGGGCUGCUCACGUUGCACAGCACGCCAGUGUGGCCCUGAGUGCACAGACCUCUGCAGGUCACAGUCUGAGAGUCCGAGAGUCACGCGGCAGUGCCACGUGUCAGCCACGACACCGCCUCGUCACGACCUCAGCGCUAAACCGGAACGAUGCUGCUGGCCGCUGCCGGCCGGUUGGACGCUGCCGGGGCCUCAGGCUUGUUUCACAUCACAGUAGCCGCAGUAGCUGAAUUCCGCCCCCUCUAGUUUUAUUCUGAGAAAUUUUAGUCCUACAGAAAGCUGGAAGAAGAGUACAGUGAAUGCCUUCUCUUUUCUAUUUGCUUCUCUUCUUGAACCAUUUAGAUGUGGGUUUUUUUAAAAAAAGUAAGUUGUAGACGUGACCCUUUCUUUUUAAUAACUUGAACACUAAGAAUAAAGACAUUGUUUCCCAAAUGCUUUU